CUCAAAAUUAAAAUUCAUUAAAAAAAAAAAAAAAAAAUCUUUUUAGCUACCUAAGCCAACCACUUAUCCUAACAGAUAAAACCACAUGACCAUGGCCACCGCCACCACCUGCUCCUCCUUCACCACCACCACGCCAUUCCUCUCUCCGACCACAAAUUCCCUCCACACAAUUACCAGAAUACCCUUCAUCUUCACCACUCCAAAAUCCAGCAGGACAAUCACCAAGCUCCACGUGUCCUCCAACCCAGUUGCUUCAUCAUCCACCAGUAGUACUACUUCCUCCAAACCCAAUCAAGAAUCUAUCUUCUUCGAUGGUGGAGCUCACUAUGGAGACCUUGCAGCUAACCUUCUUCUGGGUUUCACUCUCCUUUGGCUCCCAUUAACACUAGCUGCAGUACUUAGAGCUUUUUACUUGAGGUACAGGUUUACCAACUUGAGGGUUACUGUUAUUUCCGGGUUAACGGGUCAAGACCGGAGCGAUUUUUCGUACAAAGUGAUCAAAGAUGUUCAGGUUGUACCAAGAUUCAUUGGUGAAUGGGGUGAUGUGAUUAUCACUUUGAAGGAUGGAACUGUUGUGGACUUAAGGAGUGUUCCUAAGUUUAGAGAGAUUGCUAAGUACUGUCUUUCCAUGGCUGACAAAGAGUCAUCUGGAGUUUUGAAGGAGACUACUAGUGAUGGGCCUAAAGGCUUUUGAGAAAACAUAUGUAAGAUUAUGGAGGCUGAUCUGAGGUUUAUGAAGAAGCGGAACAGGAGUUGAGCCUUUAGAUAUUGAUUUGGUUAUGAUCACAACCAGAUGUGUCAAGGAGCAAAAAUUUUGGUAUGAAUAUGUCACAUGUGUCAAGGAGCAAGACUUUUCGUAUGAAUAUGCCAUAUACUAAACUAGCAAAAACAGUUUUUGGUACAUAUUUAAACUUUUCGUAUGAAUAUGCCAUAUAUUAAACUAUCAAAAACUUUUUUGGUACAAA